UUGCCGGUCCUGCCCACAGCGGCCUCCCGGUGUGUCCCCGGCCGGCUCAGCCCAGCGUUCACCGGCCACCCGGCCUCAGCAGUGCUGGGAGGACGCAGAAGCCCCAAGGAGACAUUUGAGACACCACACUGGGGAAUGCCACGCACACUGGGGAAUGCCACGCACACUGGGUGGAGCGCAGGUGUGCAUCUCUCGGCUUCCGUGUGGCCCACUGGCAAGAGAGAGCGAGGAGCACCCUGAAGGUGAGCACUCCCACAGGGGGUCAGUCUAGCCCCGGGGAGUUAGGGGCCUGGCAGGCGAUCCACUGAGGAGAUGGAUUUGGAUCAGCUGGACCUGAACCCCAGAAUUAUUGCUGCAGUCAAGAGAGCCAAACUGAAGUCAGUAAAGGAGGUUCUGCAUUUUUCUGGACCAGACUUGCAGAGAAUGACCGGGCUGUCCAGCCCCGACGUCCAGCACUUGCUCACAGCAGCCUCUCUAUGGCUCCGAGGACCCCACACCCUGACAGCCCUGCACCUGUUCCAACAGAAGGAGCGCUUCCCUGUGCAGCACCAGCGCCUAAGUCUGGGCUGCCCCGUGCUGGACCGGGUCCUGGGCGGCGGCCUGCCCCUGGGCGGCAUCACGGAGCUUGCGGGCUGCAGCUCGGCAGGGAAGACCCAGCUGGCACUGCAGCUGAGCCUGGCUGUGCAGUUCCCACAGCAACACGGAGGCCUGGAGGCUGGGGCCGUCUACAUCUGCACGGAGGAUGUCUUCCCCAGCAAGCGACUGCAGCAGCUGAUCGCACAGCAGCAGCGGCUGCGGAUGGAUGUGCCAAGCGAGGUGGUCCAGAAGAUCAAGUUCAGCAACCACAUCUUCAUCGAACACGCAGCAGAUGUGGACACCUUGCUGGAGUGUGUGAGGAAGAAGGUCCCCGUGCUGCUGUCAAGGGGCAUGGCCCGAUUGGUAGUCAUCGACUCCGUGGCAGCUCCGUUUCGCUGUGAGUUUGACAAAGAGGGCCCCGCCCUCCGGGCCAGGCAUCUACAAUCCCUGGGGGCCGAGCUGCGCAGGCUGAGCAGCGCCUUCCAGGCCCCGGUGCUGUGCAUCAACCAGGUGACGGAGGCUGUGGAGGAGCAGGGCUUGCUGCCCUGCCUACCAGGACCCUGGGACCCGCGCCUCUCUCCAGCCCUUGGUAUCGCCUGGGCUAACCAGCUUCUGAUGAGACUGAUGGCUGACCGUGUCCGCACACAAGAAGCCGUCCCGGGCUUGCCCGGUGGCCUGACCCGGACCCUGAGGGUGCUCUUUGCCCCCCACCUGCCUCCUUCCUCCUGCUCCUACACAGUCGGCUGUGAAGGGGUGCGAGGGGCCAUGCCCAGCUAACACACCAGUAUCUGUGGACAGCCCAACCAAGCCUCAGGGCCCUGGAUUGUGGCCAAGCCCUUAGGGGCUGAGCAGCACAGUUCCCAAGGGUACCGUCCCUCCUCUCCCCAAGUUGUUCCCUCCCAGUCGACUGGCCCUUGGAAGACAAAUGACUCACAAGCACUAGCAGCACUGCAGGGCUCUGCCUCUGCAGGGCAGUGCGUGGUGCCCCGCCUCCGCCCACUAAGGUGGCAGGGAGCCAUACUGGCACACUCUGUCGUGAAGGUCUAUUUGGGCUCAAGGUAGAGGAACAGACUGGCAUCUGGCCAAGUCUGGAAGUGGUAAAGGAGCUGACCUCACCUCGGCCGCCUGCAGGCAAAAGCAGCCCUGGGCAGCUGAUAAAAGAAACAGGAAAUGAGAAGCCCUGCCUCCAAGCCUGGCCUUGCUGGGCUCUAGGCUGACAACAGGAGGAGCUGUGGCCUAAGAGGGCAGGGCUGUG